GACUCCUCUCUCUCUCUCUCUCUCUCUCUCUCUCUCUCUCUCUCUCUCUCUCUCGUCUAUGGCUUUUUGGGCUAUAUUUCCUACAUAAAUUUCAAUCUUUUCAUCCUCAUUGGGUUGGUUACAAGUUGAUUUCUUUCUCUGUUUGUAAUUUCUUUAUUUGUUUCUGGUUCUUGGUUUUGGGAGAAUGGAUUUGGGUGGGAAUUUGGAAGUGGAUGUAAAUGGAGAAGAGAUCUUCAUAGUGGACAAGAAAAUCCUGUCCGCUUACUCGGGUAGGUUAAGGAAAUUAUUCAACAAAUCAAUGGUGGUGGCAACAACGAACCUGAAAGUAAUAUUCCAGGACUUGCCAGGAGGAGCAGUGGCGUUUGAGCUCAUGGCAAGGUUCUGUUACAACAAUGGCCGAAUCCCGAUAACGCCCCCCAAUGUCGGCCUCCUCCACUGUGUGGCCCAUUUCAUGGAAAUGGAUGAAUGCAAAUCUCACCCCCACAAUUUGAUCGAACAGACCCAAAAAUUCCUUGACACAGCUGCAUUAUGGACAUGGAUGGAUAUUUUGGCCGCGUUGAAACAGACCCAAGAUGUCUUUCCUGCAGUGGAUUCAUCAGGAACCCUUCAGAAGUUCUUGGAUUCUCUUGUAUCAAGGAUCAUUUCCGCCAACGAUGCCAGCCCUCCUACAUCUUCACCGGACAGCUCCGGCUUCCGCUUCUCGUGUGAUACAAGAAGCACUGAGAGCACAAAAAACUACUCUAGAGCUUGGUGGUUUGAGGAUCUUGCGACUUUGAAUUCCGACAUGAUCGAGAAGACUGUCAAAACCAUGGUAGCUCGGAAAUUGGAUCAUGCAAUCAUCAGUAGAUUCCUUAUAUAUUACCUCAAAUCAAGAACCCCCAAUGCAGGAUCCGACGAGAAGAAGAAAAUCAUAGGGACCGUCGUCGAACUGUUAUUUUUGCUUGAUAGAAGUUCAGUUUCUUCGAAGGGCUUGUUUGGGAUUCUUCGGGUGACAUCCAGUGUAGAUAUAAGCAAAAGUAGUAGAUGCAGAUUGGAGAGUAUGAUUGGAUCCCAGCUCGAUCAGGCCAAAUUAGAUAAUCUGCUCAUUCCUGCUCCGGCCGGGGCGAAUUUCCUAUAUGAUGUGAAUUUGGUUCUGAGAUUCUUGAAGUCUUUUCUCGGAAGCAGUGGUAGGACCUCUUCGAGUAGAUUGAAGAGGGCGGGGAGCUUGAUGGACAUGUAUAUUUCAGAGGUGGCUCCAGACCCAUGUUUAAAACCAUCGAAGUUCAUCGCCCUGGUCACAGCACUACCAGACUCGGCAAGGGAUUCAUAUGAUGGAAUCUACCAGGCAGUAGACAUGUAUCUUGAGGUCCAUGCCGGAUUAUCGGAAGAAGAAAAGAUGAAAAUCUGUUGUGGGUUGAACUACGAAAAGCUCUCAUCGGAAGCCUGCAACCACCUAGCCCAAAACCUGAAAUUCCCAUCAAGGACAGCGAUCCAAGCGCUCAUCUCUCAGCAAUCCAAGCUCAAAAGCCUACUCCAAGACACCGACGGUCUCAAACCGUUCGGCGAUGCUCCAUGUUCUUGCGAUGACAAGUCUGGCAAAGGAAAGAAAGAGAUGGAUGGCGAGCAGAUUGUCCUGUAUGCCAGAAAGCUGGAUAUAUCAACUGAGAAUGAGAAGCUCAAAGCACAUUUGCAAGGAAUGCAAUGGAGGGUGAUGGAAUUGGAGAAGGUUUGCAGGAAAAUGCAAACCCAAAUGACAAAGAUCAUGAAAGCAAAAUUAGCAAGUUCCAGCAAUGCAAGGUCAUUGCCAAAGCUAUGUUCUUGAUUCAAAAAAAAAAAAAAGAGUUCUUUCAUUUUCAUGUGUACUAAUUCCAUAUCCUUUCUGUGUAUAGUAAUGCGAAAUUGUUGUUACUGUUGUGUGAUC